AUGUUCAUUUUUAGAAAAUUUGACCAAAAGCAGCCAGUGACUGCCAUUGCUGCUCUAGGAAAUCAUGAAUUUGAUAAUGGUUGGAAUGGAUUAUUGGAUCCCCUCCUUAAAAAUGUAAAUUUUUCUAUACUGAGUGCAAAUAUUAAAUCAAAAGCGCCAAACACAACUAAUAUCUCACAGUACGUCUUUCCUUAUAAAAUAAUAAAAGUUGGUUCAGAGAAAGUGGGAAUUAUUGGCUAUACUACAAAGGAGACACCUGUUCUUUCAAAUCCAGGACCAGGUUUAGAGUUUAAAGAUGAAGUUGAAGAAUUGCAGGACCAAGCAAACAAACUUACUACAUUGGGUGUCAACAAAAUUAUUGCACUUGGUCACUCUGGUUUUAAGGAGGACCAACGCAUUGCUCAGAAAGUUAAAGGCAUUGAUGUUGUCAUUGGCGGACAUACAAACACAUUUCUUUAUACAG